AUCACCACAUAACUGCUCCCUGCUCUCCUGGGUGUGUGUGGGACAACUGCAUGCGGCGUUAACACACCACACACACACCCCACAGAUGGAGAAGAGAGAGAGGAAGCCAGGCUACUUUGCCAGGCUGAAAAGGCGGAGACAGCUCAAGCAGAGCCAAUCAGAGAAGGGUGUGGCUCAGCAGAACCCAUCUGAUUCGCCGAUCAUUUCCUGUCCAGAAGCCCCUGCUCAGAAGCCGGGAGACAAUGUAGGAGACGACACACACCUUCCACAGCGCCCAGAUGAGAGGGACAGCUCUAACAGCCAGUCUAAGAGAGAGAAGAGGAAACCUCCAGGGACAGUGGAGUACACUGUGGAGCCCCAGGACACGCUGAACAUCGUUGCUUUGAAGUUCAACAUCACCCCCAACCAGCUGGUCCAGAUCAACAAGCUGUUCUCCCAGAGCAUCAUCCCUGGACAGAAGCUCUUCGUUCCUGACGUAGGACAAUCGGAACCAGACUCGAAGGGUUCCUGCGAUCCUGCCUCGACCAAUGGGCAGCCGGAGAAAGGGUCACAUGACGGAGGUGGGCGCCCGGCCAGGAUGCUGCGCAGGGAGGAGACUCCGCCCUCCGAAGAUGAGAGCCCUACCACCGUCAAGUUCAUCAAGAUGAGCUGCAAGUACUUCACAGACGGCAUGGGUGUGGUAGGGGGGGUGAUGAUCGUGACCCCCAACAACAUCAUGUUUGACCCCCACAAGUCGGACCCCCUGGUGAUGGAGCAUGGCUGUGAGGAGUAUGGCCUCAUCUGCCCCAUGCAGGAGGUGCUGUCUGUCGCUCUGUACGACGACGUGUCUCGCAUGAAGCUCAAGGACUCGCUGCCGUCAGACCCACCCCAGGAUCUGUGUCCUCUCUACAGGCCGGGGGAGUGGGAGGAGCUGCCAUCCCAGCUGCACGCUAACCCCUUCAGCCGCUACCAGGCGCUGGACGCCGGACGCACCAUCGUCCUGGACGACAUUGACUCCGCCCUCUCAGAGACCGUCAUGGAGACGGCAGAGUGUGAUGUGUCCUCCCCCUCAGAUGAGGGCUUCACCGAGCUGGUGCUGCCGGCCAAUGGGAGCGUAGAUGGACUGGAGAGCACCAGCCAAUCGCACACUGGUUCUCCUAGCAGCCUGGACCAGCAGGGGGCGCUGUCACACAGCCAGACACUCACUCAGCACAGCUCUGUGGAGGAUGGAGACUCCCUGGCUGUCCCGUCGGAGGGUGGAGGUGCAGCGAGGCUGGAGCAGACCCCCUCCGCCGGGCCGGACCCCCCUGACACGCCUCUCCGAGCCGCCAGGAGCUUCACAAACGGCGUCGCUGCAGGAUCCACCAGCGACCAAAGCAGGAAGUUGAGUUUGAGCGAGGCAAAGGUAGCCUCUGGGAAACGUGGUCCCCGGGAUGUGGUCCUGGCUGGCCGGCCGGUGGAGGUGCCUGUGGGUGACGAGGGGAUGAGCGAGGAGGAGAGAAGGAGGAGGAGCUACGAGGCGGAGGUGAAGAGCUGGCUCAUGGAGAGGAUGCAGGCUCCCAUCCAGAACAUGCUGCUGUCGUCGGAGGAGAAGAGCAAGACUCCGCCCAUGUUCCUCUGCUUCAAGCUGGGCCGGCCAAUGAAGAAGUCUUUCUCCCUAGGCCGCACCUCUAGCCCUGCCCACGCGUGCCGGGACACACAGCCUGAGUACUGGUUCGCUGUCCCUCAGGAGAGGGUGGAGCACCUGUAUGCCUUCCUGGUGCAGUGCUCUCCAGACGUGUAUGGGAGGGAGGUUCAUGAGCAGGGCUUUGUGCUGGUGGAGAAGGACGAGCUCAACAUGAUCGACAACUUCUUCAGUGACCCCGUCCCCAGGAACUGGGAGAUAAUCACCAUCAACGAGGCCAAACGCCGGCAGAGUUUCAGCUGCGAGGGGGAGGAGCCUGUGGAUCUUCUGCCCGUGCUCAGUGACCCCAGCGCCCUGCUCCAGGACACACACAUCGAGAAGCUGGCGUGCCGUCUGCCAGCCAGGGUCCAGGGUUACCCCUGGCAACGGGCCUACAGCACGGUGGAGCAUGGGACCAGCCUGAAGACUCUGUACCGUAACCUGGCAACACUGGACUGCCCUGUCCUGCUGGUCAUCAGAGACACAGACAGCAGGGUGUUCGGGGCGUUCUCCACACACCCCUUCAGACUGAGUGAGCACUGCUAUGGGACAGGGGAGACCUUCCUAUAUAGCUUCUGUCCUGAGAUCAAGGUGUACCGAUGGACUGGGGAGAACUCCUACUUCGUGAAGGGAAACACAGACUCUCUCCAGAUGGGAGGAGGGGGAGGUCAGUUAGGGCUCUGGCUGGAUGCUGACCUGUAUCACGGCACCUCGUCUCCCUGCGCCACCUUCAACAACACGCCCCUCUCCACCCAGAAGGACUUCACUGUCCACAGCCUGGAGGUCUGGGCCUUCGAGUAGCCUUCCAUAGGGGGAGUCUGGGGCUGCUGGUCCUGGGCUGCUUCCUCCUGGACGUGGAGUUACGCAAGAAUUAUGUGUGGAUUCCUCUCAUUCUAUUGGCUGGCUUAUACCUUCCACGCCACACAUAGCAAUGGUAGCAUGCAGCCUGCCUAGCAACAAGAGGCCGCUGAGGUCUGGAGAGGGGCAGGAGGGAAGGCCAAUGAGGAGUUGGCUCACGUUGAAGACGGCGUCUUAUGACGUAUAAGAAACAGACAGCCAGCUAAAACGACCAGAAACCAGUCAGAAACAACAACAACAGGUGAAGGCACAUUCUAGGACAAAGUUCAGGUAGAGAUGAAGGAGGAAGACACACUAUCCUCAACGGAGAGGUGGAUGAUGGGGGAACAUGCUUACAGGGAGACCAGUCGGCACUUAUUCUAGACUGCAGCGCACAACACACCUAUCAACACGUUCACACACAGAACGAGGAUUCAUCGUUUACCGAGAGAAGAGUUGAACCAUCUCCCUUUCAUAUCCUGAUCCCCAAUGUACUGAGAAAGUUCUAGUGCAUUUUGAUAUUAACAAGCCUGCCAGGGCUCCUCACCAAACAGCUGGCUCUAGAGAAGGGAAAGUUCUACAUCCUACAAUGACCAAAUGUUUCUGUUUGAGUUUUAUACUGGUGUACUGUAUAGCCUUGAUAAGGUUUUUUUGUUUUUUUCUAUAAUUUAUUUUUAUACUUCAAUGUAUUGUUUUUAUGAAUGUAUGUUUGUCUUUUGAAAUUGUUUCUUUUCUGUUUCUGUUUAGAGAAUGUAUUUAGUUUGUGCGUUUCGUUUUUUCUGUUUUGCUUGGUUUAAGAAGGGAUUGUGGUUUGUAAGGCUGAUUUAAGUCCAAGACUGAAAAGACUGCAGUAUUAGUGUCUCCUUGGUUUCCUGUCUUUGUUCAUAAUAGUUAUUUAACAGAGAUCUGACCCCUUUCAUCCUGAUGGAAGACCAUUUGCACUGUAAUUUAGUUAAAAACAUUUCAUGAAGCUCUUUCAACUGCCUGUUUUUUGUUGUUUUUCUCGUAAUGAUCUGUGAGUAGGGAACUAUAGUUAAUUUUGUCAAAACCUGUCCCUGGUGGUCUUAUGUACCAUUCUAUUCAAGCCAGUUGUUCCCUGAUAUAAAUCAUGCUGCUAUUCACAAGUUGGGCAUUCCAUUUAGUCAUGAUGAAAAGAGAAAGGUGAGAUGAUGGGAGAAUAUGUCGCUUUAUCCGCCUUCUCCGCUUCUGUUAAGUAUUUACCAGCACGCACUAGUUUCACGGCCGUUCUGCCAGCAUGAAUAACUGGUUCUACAUCAGGCUUGGUGCUUCGCUCUGAAUCCUCGUGAUAGAACCGCAGCCGUCGCUUUGACGUGAUCAGUGAUUCCUCUGUACAUGUUGAGUGUUGUCUCGCUAACUGUGAAUGUUCCCUGUGUGUUAUUUCCCUGUGAAGUCAAACCCGUCAUGUUGUAUGCAACAUCACCGUCAAUAUAGGUAUUAUUCCACAUUUAAUACUUCACUAGGCUAAACAAAGUUAGGCUAUACUGUACAAAUGGCCUAUGAAUUAAUAAAACAUUUGUCCUCUUAUGGUCCCUUACAUAUGUUUAAAAAGACAGCGUCCACUAUAAAGAUAUGAAUAACCGAAUUCUCUAUUAAACUUUUAGGCCUUAUUUGGGUUAUAUAAUAUUUAUAUAUGAAUAUGCGUGUAUAGGCUCCAUCAUCCGGAGGUGUUUCAAAAAGCGGGUUUCGUAAAAACUUACAGUUGACCGUCAAUUCUGACCAGUGGCGGUCCUAGCACAUUUGCUGCCCCGGGCAAGGGUUUUCCCCUGCAACUCAGAAGAUGUUGUUGACGCUGCUUUACAAGGCCGUAAUGAUAAUAUUAAAUUCUGGUCAAAAUCCCCCCCCCCCAAUAUAUUGAUAUAAAAAUGUAUAUAAAUGUGCUACGCUACGACAGGCAACCACCCACGCUGUCCAAAACUAUUAAAAAAAUGACUCGUCCCCCCCA